AAAAAAAUAAUUAUUAAGUAUCGGAUAUGUAAAUACAUAAAAAUUGCGGGCCAUGUUCGUGAAAACCUCAUCAAAAUAAUAGUCGGCUUAACGGGUCGGGUAUUGGUUCCGCGUGCCGACAAAUGCCCCACCAGAAGAUGCCAGCUGUGAGCCUCGCUCUUCCCCCUACACUGAACACUCCGUUCCCCUUCGAGAGCUCGUCAAUGGCAGUCGAGAUGACCACUUUCUGCCUUCUUCUUCUCUUAUCAUUCUUCUUCUUGCUCACUUCCACUUCGGCAGAGAAUGUCACUUACGACCAUCGUUCUCUCAUUAUUGACGGACGCCGCCGCCUCCUCAUUUCUGCCUCCAUCCACUAUCCCCGCAGUGUCCCCUCUAUGUGGCCGGGCCUUGUCCGGUCUGCGAAGGAGGGAGGCGCUGACGUGAUCGAGACUUACGUGUUCUGGAACGGUCAUGAGCUUUCUCCAGGAAAUUAUUCUUUCGAAGACCGUUUCGACCUCGUGAAGUUUGUGAAUAUUGUUAAGGAUGCGGGGAUGUAUCUGAUUCUCCGAGUCGGGCCAUUUGUCGCUGCUGAGUGGAAUUUCGGAGGGAUUCCUGUUUGGCUGCAUUACAUUCCUGGUGUUGUCUUUCGAUCGAAUAGCGAGCAGUUCAAGAGUCAUAUGCAGAGCUUUAUGACAUAUAUAGUGAACACAAUGAAGCGGCAUAAGUUCUUUGCAUCGCAGGGAGGUCCAAUCAUUUUGGCUCAGGUUGAGAAUGAAUAUGGCGAUAUUGAAAAAGUUUAUGGAGAUGGUGGGAAGCUUUAUGCAAUGUGGGCUGCAGAUAUGGCACUUUCUCAAGACAUUGGUGUUCCUUGGAUUAUGUGCCAGCAGUAUGAUGCACCUGCACAUGUGAUUAAUACUUGCAACUCUUUUUAUUGCGAUCAAUUUGUACCAAACUCUCCCAACAAACCAAUGAUUUGGACAGAGAAUUGGCCAGGGUGGUUUCAAACCUUUGGAACAAGCAAUCCUCACAGACCACCAGAAGAUAUUGCUUUUUCUGUUGCCCGUUUUUUCCAGAAAGGCGGCAGUCUUCAAAAUUAUUACAUGUAUCAUGGUGGUACGAACUUUGGUCGCACUUCUGGGGGGCCAUUCAUCACAACAAGCUAUGAUUAUGAUGCACCGAUUGAUGAAUAUGGGUUAAUGAGGCUUCCAAAAUGGGCACACUUGAAGGACCUCCACAAAUCUAUAAAGUUAUGUGAACGUGCUUUAUUGUACAGUGAUCCGACUCAUCUGCUUCUAGGCCCUUUGCAAGAGGCCAGUGUUUAUGCUGAUUCUUCCGGAACAUGUGCUGCUUUCCUAGCUAAUAUGGAUGACACAAAUGAGAAGUGGAUAGUAUUCCAGAACAGAUCCUUUCAUCUUCCAGCUUGGUCAGUUAGUAUACUUCCUGACUGCAAAACCGUAGCCUUUAAUACUGCAAAGGUUCGUUCUCAAAUUUCCAUGGUAGAUAUGGUGCCUGAAAGUCUAGUGGCUUCAAAGACAAAUCAGGGGAAGGAUUCUAAAGGCCUCCAGUGGCAUAUUUACAAGGAAAAAACGGGGACAGCAGAGAAUGCUGACUUUGUGCGGCAUGGAUUUGCUGAUCAUCUUAAUACAACAAAGGAUACUACCGAUUAUCUCUGGUAUUCAACAAGAUUUCAUGUUGAUGAAGGUGAAAAGUUUUCGAAGAAUGGCGGCCAACCCAUUCUCUUACUUGAGUCAAAGGGACAUGCUGUCCAUGUUUUUGUAAAUGAGAAACUUAUAGCCAGUUCAAGUGGGAAUGGAAGUGACAUAACGUUUAAGCUUGAAGCUCACGUUCCUUUAAGAGCCGGAAAGAAUGAUAUUUCUCUAUUGAGUAUGACCGUCGGUUUGCAGGAGAACUAUCAAGAAGGUUUGUGGUGUAGGUUCAAACUAGAAAGAGGCAAAUCCAGCCACAGAAUGAAUGUUAAGAAUGCAGGGCCUUUCUACGAAUGGGUUGGAGCUGGAUUAACUAGUGUCAAGAUUGCAGGGUUAGAUAAUGGAACGAUAGAUUUGUCUUCAAAUACGUGGAAGCACAAGAUUGGUUUGGAAGGAGAGCAUCUCAAAAUUUACAGUAAUGGUAUUGAUAACGUUAAGUGGAUUACCCCAUCUUUGCUGCCGAAGGAUCAAGCAUUGACAUGGUACAAGGUCAAUAUGGAUGCCCCGAAAGGUACUGAGCCUGUAGGGCUUGAUAUGAAAUAUAUGGGGAAAGGCCAGGCUUGGCUGAAUGGAUUUGCAAUUGGAAGAUACUGGUCUAGGAAAAGUUCUUUAAAUGAUAAAUGUAGUUCCAGCUGCAACUACAAGGGCAAAUUCUUCCCUGACAAAUGCAGAACAGGAUGUGGGGAGCCAACGCAGAGAUGGUACCAUGUCCCUCUAUCUUGGUUCAAGCCUACUGGUAAUGUUCUUGUUAUUUUUGAAGAAAAAGGCGGAGAUCCUACAAAAAUUACAUUCUCAAGACGGCGGGUCUCCAAUAUAUGCAGUUUUGUAUCUGAGGAUUAUCCUUUUGUAGACCUGGAAAAUUGGGAAAAUGCAAUCAGGUCCACAAGUGAUGGCAGAGCAACUCUCCAUUUAGCCUGCCCUGCAAGCACCUCUAUUUCCUCUAUAAGGUUUGCCAGCUACGGAAAUCCAAGUGGUGUAUGUGGAUCCUAUCAACAAGGAAUAUGUCAUCAUCCCGCUUCUACUCUUAUCGUUGAAAGGGUCUGUCUGCAAAAGACACAGUGCACCAUCCCCUUCUUAGAAGGUGACUUUUCUAAAGUUUUCUGCCCUGGAAUGACUAAAUCUUUGGCAGUUGAAGCGGUGUGUAGCUAGUGGGAUUUGUUCUCUAUUGAGUUUAUUUCCCAUGGUGGUAUUAUUCUUCAACCAUACCACUUGUUAUCAAUUUAUAUUGAACAGCAAGCAGACUGUCCAGGGUCAUCAUAUUUUUCCAUUGUUGAUCUAUUUUGUUAUUUUUUAAACGAGAAUAAGCUUUAAAUUUGCGAGUAAAACUUUA